AACAGAAAGGAGGAGGCUAGGCUAACCGGUCCAUAGAAACUAGGAACCCAAUACAUCGUCCUCUGUUGUCACACUCAAAACUGACCCCCUUAAUGGGAAGAGUGCUUCCUGCCGAUAGGGGACUUCGCUAGUCGGCGAAGCUUUUAAAUAAUUAGCUGUUGGAAGUGUAUUUAUGAAGUUGUUAUUUUGUGGUGGGUUGGCCAGUUAACAGAGUUAAGAUAGUCUAAAGUAUUUCAUAGAGUCUUUAAGGGUUUAAUAUCAUUAUUAUAAUUAUAAUCGCUACAACAACACGCAACAAUUUCAUGAAGGCGAGCAGCUACGGUCCCGGCUGGUUGGGAUAGCAAGUUCUUGGCAGAAGGCAGUUUAUACGGCCUGUUCGUAUGAAAGUUAACUGCUAACUAACCUAGGUUAGCUGAAUUAUGUCAACGUCGUCUUUGGACAAAGAACUGCAAGAGCGGUUAAGAGAGGCAAGUGCCAUCGGAGACAUUGACGAAGUCCGGACUCUAGUCGAGAGCGGAGUCAACAUCAACUCUCAAAACGAAAUCAACGGAUGGACGUGUUUGCACUGGGCAUGCAAAAGAAACCACAAACACAUAGUGGCAUACCUUUUGAAUUCUGGAGCUGACAAGGAAAUCCUCACUGCAAAAGAUGAGUUAGCUGUUCAGUUAACCUCCAAACCUGAAAUCAGAAGACUGCUAGGAGUGGAGGAGGAGGAUGUGCCUGAGGUGAAGGAACCAGAGCUGCCAAUCAUUCCAAACUAUCUAUCCAACCCACCUUUUUUGUAUGGCAAGAUGGAUAAGGAUGAGUUGAAUCUAGCACGACAUGUUUCUCAGAAUGGCACCAGUGACCAUUCGGAGUCUGUAGACUCUGAGCCAGCCACCCUGUCUCCGACACAAGAGCAGCAGCAACCUCCACAGCAACAGCAGCUGCCACAGAGCCUAUAUGUAGACAACCAGAGCCAGCAAGCAGUGUCCUACAUUUCUGUGGUGGAGCAGAAUGGCAUUGUGCCAAGCCCGGUGGUUAACAGGCCCUUGUCCAUGGAGACGUCCCCCGAGGCCCACCACGGCAACCAUAGUGAAUUUACCCACAAUCACACCAUUGCCCAGAAUGGCCCCGUGUGCCCCCCGCUACCCUCACCAGGUGCAGGCACAAACCAGGCGUCCGUCUCCAACCCCACCGUUACCCGACAGCAGUCUCUGCCCCAGCAGCUAAACUGCUCGCAGCCUGGAGGCUCUAUGCCUGCCUUCCAGCCCUUCUUUUUCACCAGCACCUUCCCCGUCAAUGUGCAGGAGCUGGUCCUGAAAGUGCGGAUCCAGAAUCCUCAUGCCAGAGAAAAUGAUUUCAUUGAAGUGGAGCUAGACCGGCAGGAGUUGACAUACCGGGCACUGCUGCGUGUCUGUUGCCGUGAGCUGGACAUCAGUGCCGAACAUGUGGAGAAGAUUCGCAAGCUUCCGAACACCAUGCUCAGAAAGGACAAAGACGUGGCUCGACUACAAGAUUUUCAGGAGCUGGAAGUUGUGUUGGAGAAGGCAGAGGGUUUGUCUCUGUUCUCUGGAGGCCCAGGGGGGCUGACUGAUAGGCCCUGCUACAACAUGAAGGCUUCCAGGCUGACUUACUAGCUCCCUGCACCAGACCCAGGAUGAGGUGGACUGACCUAUUCCCCAUCUGGGGAUUCUAGCCCUAAAAGCCCAAUUCAUAGUUAGUUUCAGUACUUAAAAUCAGAUACCAUUCUUCCAUUUUCCUCCUCAAUGUAUACAUCAUAUUACCCAUAUACCUUCUCCACCAAAACUUGUGGACCUUGCCCAAUGCAUGUUCGCUGCAACUGUUUAAAGAACUGUUUGAGGGGCAUCUCCUGCACCACAGUUACGUUUAGUUAGUUUUGCUUCAUGUCAGAAAAGUAUACAGAUUUGAGCAGGAGUCUUUCAUGGAUCAUGAGCUCAUGCUGUAGUAUCCAUUGUUUUUGAAUAUUCAAAUUCUUCUUGUGUGCCAUUGGGCUGCAAGAAAGUAUUCAAAACCAUCACCUCCCCUGCUGUUGGGCUAUGUUAAGUAUUGCGAUCUGACUGAUUGCUGUGUGUGCUUAUCAGGCCACCGUGUGGUUUGCACACAGCUCACAUGGAAAGGCAAACCUUGACCUGUACCAGCACUUUGUUGGUUUUUAAUUUUUUUUGUCACCUUGUCAACAUGCAUUUACACAGUCCUCCCACUAGAGGCUAAUUUACCUUAAUGUUUGUAUUGGCAAAGCACAUUGCAAAUUGGUUUGAAUGAGGAAAGUCCUUUUUUAAAGUGUGUAGUCGCAUGUUUCAGUUAUGCUAAUGGAAGCUUCAGGUUGAACUUCAAACGGAGGAUAUUUUUAUGUGCGUUUGCCAGACAAUUCCCUGUGCACUUUACAAACAACAACAAAACAGUUACUUGUAAUGCAUGGGGCUUUAUACUUUAGGUUUUUUUUAAUACAACAGUGCUGUGCUGACUAUAUCAAUGCCUUUGCUGCUCCUUCAGUCUCUGUAAGCCAAGCCAAAAACUAGUGGAAAUGUUUGACGAAACUGUCGGUUCUAAACCAUGUUGUCACAAUCUCGUAAACAAAAGCAGAAUGUCCUUUGUUCCUUAUGUACUGAAUAAUGUAGCAAAACUUAUUUUACUGUUCCUUUUUUAUUGUAAGGGUUAAGAUAAGCUCAAGAACACAAUUAAUUAAUGCGAGCUUCCAUGAACACUAACUGUCCCCAAAAUUUGUUACUGGUUUAAUUUAAAAAGAAAAUAAGAAGGGCAACAGUACUAUGUUGAAUUUGGUUCUUUGGAUACAUUUUGCAAACUCUUUUUUUAUGUUUCUAGGAAGUAGAAUUCAUACUUUGGUUGAAUUAUCGUUUUUGCAGCACCACCAUUCAAGACAGUUCCCUGAAAGUCUGUACUGCACCCAUAAUUUGCAACAGUUUCUUGUCGUUUUGUCUGAAUAAAACUUGUUGACGGCUCACAAACAAAGUAAAGUGCUCACACAGAUGAGAAGGUUUGCUUUGUUGAAUGAGCUGUUUCACAAACACUUUUUUGUUCUGUGUACAAAACAGUUGUGAACAAAUAUAAAUUGGGCUUAACUGCGUAUAAUAUGGAGACAUAGAUGCUGGUUCUGCAUAGAUUUUACUUUGCUUGAGACUGUUCAUUUAAACACACUAAAUUGUAAAGUAGUCUGAAGAUAUAGUUCUUUUGUAACACUUUAAAUUAUCUUAAUAUAAAAAUGUGAAUAGCAAAGCAGAAACUCUUGACCUUUAACCAUCCCCUUACAUACUAUAUUGCUGUAUAAUAUAGAUAGUUCUAUAUAAUCUGUAUAAAACUAUCUAUGAUCUAUAGUUUUUUUUUUUAAAUCUUAUUUUAUAAAUUAGCUACUUUUCAUAGCUAGACUUGUGUGAGGAGGGGAGACUAUUGAAAGGAAAAGGUAAGAGUACACUACAGCUGAAAUGAAACCAAGCUCUUACUUAUCUGUCUGUUUGCGGUUAUGUCUUUGUGUCUGUCUUAACCUAGAACGACAAGGCAAACUGAAGGUUCAUAGUGAAGUGAAUUGAUUGAACAUGUUCAUCAGCAGUAUUCUAUUACUCUGCUCUUUAAAUUGUUUUAAUUGGCUGAACUGUGGAUUUUUCGCAAGGGGCUUGGUGGAGGAAGCUGGACAAUGAAAAGUGCACUUGAUUGAAAUGGUUCCAAAGCUUCUGACUGGUGUAAGACAGAAAUUCUUUGUGAAAAACUCUUAACAGUGUACUUACUGGUCAUGUCCUAGAAGAAGAAUACAGUUUGACUUAACCUAUGCA